AUGGACAUGGCUCAUGUUUGCAGCAGAUUCUCCUCGGUUGCCUGUAGCACCGCGCCGACGAACGACCAGGGGGACGCGGCGAACGACGAGGAGGCGAUCAAGGUCACGGAGAUGAGUAGCAAGGGAAAGGGACCCGAUUGGGAGCUACUGGACUGGAACAUUUUCAGCUCUGGCUAUACUACUCUGGGCUUUCCACAAGACAUCGAUAGACCAGCGCCGCCCUCCGAGAGCGUCGUUCAUAUAAGCCCGCGCACCGUUCGAGUGCUCCUGAUGCCUCCGCUGGUGUUGAUCAGAUGCCUCGAGUCGCCGGAGGACUUGGUGAAGGCUUGGGUGGAUUGCUAUCGAUGUAAUUUCCGGCUCUGGAUGCACGGAUUCAGGAAUACCGACAUCAAUUUGGACAACAUGAUGCGUGACCCCGUCUCGAAGCGAGGGAUUCUGUGCAGCUUUGACUUGGCUCGAAUCUGUCACGAUAACCCUAGUACCACUGAACGAGAACGUCCGGGCACUGUUCCGUUCAUGGCGCUGGAGGAGGACUAUCGUGUUGGUCGAGUUUCCCGCCUCCACCGCCACGAGCUCGAAUUAUGCAUAUGGGUUUUGACUUAUGCAUUGCUGUUGGAUGCGGUUCCUGACAUCAAGGCCUGGGAUACGGAGCACUGCUCGCAGUGCAGAAAGGAGAGAAAUGAUUUCUUAUCACAACUCAGCAAACAUCGCGCGUCUUUCGCCAAACAACCUCUGUGGGAGACGAUCAGCAACCGUACUGCUCGCUGGUUGGAUCUGGCGAUACGGUGUGUGCGUCACGCCCGAUAUCAGCGUGGGGGUAACGCUCGACGUGCGAAUGCCCCCGGCGGGAGCAUCUCAAGCGAGGAUGAGAAGCUUGGGGUGCAGUGGACGAGCAGUAGACCAGAAGCAGCCUCCGCGGUCAUUCAAGAUUUCGAGGAAUUUUUGACAUUGAGAAUGGCAGGUUUGGGGUUUGUUCCACUCAUGCAGGAUCGGCUGUCGGUUUCAUCCUGA